AUGCUAGGCUUGAAUGGCAUGCCCUUCCAGCCAGCCACACUACAGCUGACAGGCAUUCCUGGGAUGAACACAGGCCAAGCUUGGAUUGCCCUGAUUUUCUGUUUCCUCUACUUCAUCUCCAUUGCAGGCAACCUCAGUAUCCUCGCUCUGGUCAUUCGGGAACCUCCUCUACACCAACCCAUGUUCUAUUUCCUCUCUAUGCUCUCUCUCAAUGACUUAGGAGUGUCCCUAUCUACACUUCCUACUGUGCUUGCUACCUUCUGCUUCAAUUACUGCCAUGUUGGUUUUGAUGCCUAUCUGGUCCAGAUGUUCUUCAUUCACAUGUUUUCUUUCAUGGAGUCGGGCAUACUGCUUGCCAUUAGCUUUGAUCGUUUUGUGGCUAUCUGUGACCCACUACGCUAUUCCACUGUGCUUACCAAUAGCCGCAUCUUGGCUAUGGGUCUGGGUAUCCUUGCCAAAAGUUACUGGCAUUUUAUGUGCCCAUAA